AUGGCUGAAGCCCAGCUGUUUGUGUCACAGGACGAGUUCACCUGCCUGGUGUGUCUGGACACCCUGACUGACCCUGUUGCCAUCCCCUGUGGUCACACUUUCUGUCUGAAGUGCCUCACUGACUGCUGGGAUCAAAGCCAACUGUUCAGCUGUCCUCGGUGCAGAGAGAACUUCACCAUGAGGCCUACAUUGCGAAGAAACACUCUGCUGAAUGAAAUCUUCAAGAAAUUCAAGAAGACGGCACUCAGUCCUCCAUCUCAGAAUUUUGCUGGCCCUGGAGAUGUGGAGUGUGACUUCUGUACUGAGAAGAAGUUGAGAGCAGUGAAGUCGUGUCUGACCUGCCCGGCCUCCUACUGUCAGACUCACCUGCAACUUCACUUUCAGAUAGCAGCCUGGAAGGACCACAAGCUGGUUGAUCCUGAUGGAAAUCUAAAGGAGAAACUCUGUGAGAAACAUCAGAAAAGUCUGGAAAUAUUCUGUGAAACUGAUGACAUGUGUAUCUGCGUGAAGUGUGGAGUGGCUGAACAUAGCGGUCAUAAAAUGGUCAAGCUGGAGGUGGAAAGAGAAGAUAAACAGCUGGAGGUGACACUGAGUGACAUCAAGAGGAGACUUGAGGAGAGAGAGAAGACACUGAAGGAGACGAGGAGGGCGAUGGACGAGAUGAAGAUUUAUGUGGAAAGAGAUGUGGAAGAAAACGAAAAGAGCUUCACUGAUCUGAUACGGGGCACUGAGGAAGCCGAUAGGAAACUCACUGAGAGGAUCAGAGAACAAGAAAAGAGAGAAAUGGAGAAGGCUGAAAGAGUCAUGGAGCAACUGGAGAAGGAGAUUGAGGAGCUGAGGAGGAGAGAAGCUGAGCUAAAGGAGCUUUCAGAGACCAAGGACCAUCUCCACUUCCUGCAGCCUCCUGAACCUCAGAGCAGAGACGACUUUAUAAAAUACUUCUGUCCCCUCACACUGGACAUCAACACGGCACACAAACGCCUUCGUCUAUCUGAAGGGAACAAGAAGGUGACAUGUGAGGUGACAAAAGCCGAAUAUCCUGAUCAUCCUGACAGAUUUGACUGGUGGUGUCAAGUUCUGUGCAGAGAGGCUCUGACUGGGACUCGCUGUUACUGGGAGGUGGAGUGCAGUGGACACUUCAUGACGAUUGGAGUCGCAUAUAAAGGACUGGGCAGGAAAGGACAGGGCUGGGAGUGCGGCCUUGGAAACAACGACAAGUCCUGGAGUUUGCUGUGGUCUCAUUCCCAGUACUCUGUGCGUCACAAUAACAAGCAGACUGUAAUCAGCGCCCCCUACAGCCCCAGAGUAGGUGUGUAUCUGGACUGGCCUGCUGGCUCUCUGUCAUUUUAUAGCGUCUCACACACAAUGACCCUCCUGCACAGGUUCAACACCUCCUUCACUGAGCCCCUCUGUCCAGGGUUUAGUGUUGAUCCUCACUGCAGUGUAACAAUCAGCCAUCUGACACCAUGUGACCACUGACCAGUACCUUCCACCGGUCACUUGAUGUCCCCACAAGCUGAGGUCCUCUUUGUGUUUGUAGUUUGAGGUGACAUUAAAUUUACAGGAUAGCACCUUUGUGAUUAAAU